AUGUCUGGAAACACAUUCCCGGGCCGACGUGGCACGAAUUCCAAUCCCUUUAGCGGAAGCACAUUAAGCGGCGAGAGCGAACAAACGAGUUUAGGGCCCAUUUCUAAAGUCAUGGAGGAGGAGGAAAAUGAUACAGUCACAUCGCCGGCGACGGCGAGCUUUAACUUCGCCGGCAAGGGCAGUUCGACAUUUGGCUCCCCAUUCGGAGGAGAUGCAUCCGGGCAAGGGCCACCGUCAUCCUUCAAACAGUCGAGUACGGACGGCUUCCCGGCACAUUACGGCAUGGGAAGACGAACGUCGGUGUCGGCCGAAUCGCUCAAUCCCACCGCCUCCUCCAAUGAUAACUGGACUCCCCCUUUUCACCGAAAGACGCCCGACCAGAUUACGAGGCUGAAGAAGUCAAUAUUCAACAACUUCUUGUUCAGUCAUCUGGAUGACGAGCAAAGUUCCCAGAUCCUGGGUGCAUUAGUGGAGAAGCCCAUUCCCGCCAAAGGUAUCAAGGUGAUCACACAAGGUGACCAAGGCGACUUCUUCUACGUGGUGGAGAAGGGUAUAUUUGAGAUCUAUGUCAACCCCGCCGGUUCUUUACAACCCGGUCCUGAUGGUCUCGGGAAGAAGGUGGCAACCAUUGAACCCGGCGGAUCCUUUGGCGAGUUGGCCCUGAUGUACAAUGCUCCACGAGCAGCGACGGUUAUGUCUGCGGAGCCUGGGUGUCUCCUUUGGGCGCUGGACCGAAUAACUUUCCGUCGGAUCCUUAUGGAUUCUACCUUCCAGCGCCGCCGCUUAUACGAAAGUUUCCUUGAGGAAGUGCCUCUUUUGUCCACCUUGACUAAGUAUGAGCGAUCCAAGAUUGCAGACGCGCUGGAAACACAAAAGUACCCUGCAGGUACCACAAUUAUCCAGGAGGGGGAUGUUGGAGAGGCAUUUUAUCUGUUAGAGUCCGGUGAAGCAGAAGUAUACAAGAAAGGCACACCGAAUCCGGUCAAGCACUACACCAAAGGAGACUACUUUGGUGAGCUAGCUUUGCUCAAUGACGCGCCGCGGGCUGCGAGUGUGGUUAGCAAGACCGAGGUCAAGGUUGCCACCUUAGGGAAGGAUGGUUUCCAGAGACUACUAGGACCGGUGGAGAGUAUCAUGAGGAGAACCAAGUAUGAACCAGGCGUUGAAGUAAUUGACCCACUUCACAAGAAGUAA